GAGCAGUUGUGUGGUGGGGGGGGGGCUGCUGUCCUGGGAAAAUGUUUGACUCUGGACGCUUUAUUGUGUUACACACACAGACAGAGACACAGAGACAGGAAGUGACCGCUGAAGCCGGACUGGGUUGACUGAGAAAACUUCCGGUAAGAAGAUUGCGAUGUCGACGCUGUCCAAUUACGCCCGGCGUAUGAUGCGUCUCAGUGCACAGAUAUUUGGGGAGGUUGCCCGGCCGACAGAUGAUAAAUCAAUGAAGGUGGUGAAGCUGUUCAGCGAGCAGCCCCUGGCACGACAGAAGGAGGUUUACGACUGGUAUCCAGAGCACAACACCUAUUUCGCCUUGAUGAGAAAAUUACGAUUUAUGGGUUUGUUCAGAGAUGAGCACGAAGAUUUUAAGGACGAAAUGCGACGACUGAGGAAACUUCGAGGCAAGGGGGCACCAAAGAAAGGGGAAGGGAAGAGAGCCAUGAAGAAGAAAUAGGUGACUUAGGACAGUGGCUGGCCCACCAAAAACUGGCAGUAUUUCAUCUAACACUUUCUCAGAUCUUUGUUUCUCUACUUUGUUGCCUUUUACCCCCAUUUUGUCUUUUCUAGUGUUGAGUUGGACAGGUUGUCACCCCUGUGAUUGCCAUUCAAUCUAUUCUCUACACGUGCUCAGACAGAACAGGGGCUGAUGUUUUGGCUUCAUUAGAAGAACUUCAUUGGUGAGCACCUGGACCCUGGUUGCUCUCGUCACUUUUCAGCUAUCAACACACUUGAUCGUGGUCUGAUAGGGAGCAAGUCGUCUGUCCAAUACCUCAACCGGGAACAAGUGUACCAAAGGGAGAAAGACUAAAUCAGGGGAAGGGGAAAUGUGAAGAAUCUAUGUUCACAACACAAGAGUAGUUUUCACAGCACUGAAAGUGCAAGGACAUUUGCCUGUACAAUGUCAAAUACAAUUAUAGAUCAUAAAAGUGAGACAAGUAUGUUAGUGCAUGGGUUACAUUCUGCCAUUGUGCUGUAGUCAUUCUUACUGGUAACUGCCACAUGCAUUUGGAAAGCUGAGUGGCAACGGUCGUGUGCUUAUGUCAGUUGUGGGUUGGAUUGUACUUGAGUGUUGUUCAAGAAUCAUUCUGACAUCCUAUGGUUCUGUCGGUGACUUGUAACGUGCCUACCUGCCUGCACCAGCUUGUUUCGAUUGUUGGUUCUCAGAUGUGUGCACAGUAGAUUUCCGAAUUUGCUUAUUCACAGUGGUGCUGCUACAGUCUUUGGUUUGAGUGCCUGAACUGCUUUUGUGCAGAGCAGUGUUGCCUCAAUAAAUGCUGAAGUGGGUUUCUUUCCUGUAA